AUGUGCAAAGCUGGGGUGUGGUACGACUCGUUAGCGCAGGAGACUGAUUGCCAGGAUGCCAUCAGUGGCCUUGGGGCCACCCCGAUCCUUCGCAUGCCGGAGGGCUCUGCCUGCGUGGCCCUGCGCAGCCUCGUCUCCCAGUACUGCGGCUUUGCUUACUCUGUCCACCUCACGUCCCUGUUCUCAUGGUUGAGUCCUCGGGAGAUGACACCCUUGGGUUUUGGGCCGGGGAGGUCUCCUCGGGCUGCGUUUGUGACUGAAAGCAGUUGUGUGCUGCUUCAGCCUUGCCCUCUUUGCAGAGUUCUGGAGGAUGAGAGUCGAAUGAUUCUGGAUGCCUUUGCCCAACAAUGCAGCCGGGUUCUAAGUCUCUUAAAUUGUGGUGGAAAACUACUGGACAGCAAUCACUCUCAGUCCAUGAUUUCUUGUAUAAAGCAGGAAAACCCAAAUUAUAGUGAAAGACAAGAGCAAUGUCAGCUUGGGAAAAUGGUACAUAGUCAGACGUCAGACAUUUUAGACAUAGAGAUGCAGUAUAUGCAAAAGAAACAACAAACCUCAGCCUUUCUGAGAGUUUUUACCGAUUCCCUUCAGAACUACCUGCUUUCUGGGAGCUUCCCUUCUCAGAACACCUCAUCAGUAAAUGAUUUUAGCCAUUUGGCAGAUGUGGAUCCACUUUCAACCUCUCCAGUACACACUUUAGGUGGAUGGACAUCUCCAGCAACAUCUGAAUCUCAUGGUCACCCAUCAUCUUCUACACUUCCAGAGGAGGAAGAGGAGGAAGAGGAAGAAGGUUACUGCCCUCGGUGUCAAGAGCUAGAGCAGGAGGUAAUUUCAUUGCAACAAGAAAACGAGGAACUUCGUAGAAAAUUGGAGAGCAUUCCAGUGCCCUGCCAGACCGUUUUAGAUUAUUUGAAGACUGUACUGCAACAUCACAACCAGCUUAUGGUACCACAGCCAACAGACCAUCCGACUGAGGGGAGCAAGCAGUUGCUGAACAACUACCCUGUCUACAUCACUAGUAAACAGUGGGAUGAGGCCGUAAAUUCUUCCAAGAAAGAUGGACGACGGCUCCUUCGCUAUCUCAUCAGAUUUGUUUUCACAACCGAUGAGCUUAAGUACUCAUGCGGCCUUGGGAAAAGGAAAAGGUCAGUGCAGUCAGGAGAGACAGGUCCUGAAAGACGUCCUCUGGAUCCAGUAAAAGUAACAUGUCUCAGAGAGUUCAUUAGGAUGCAUUGUACUUCCAACCCGGACUGGUGGAUGCCAUCCGAAGAGCAAAUAAACAAGGUAUUCAGCGACGCGGUAGGACACGCUCGGCAAGGGCGUGCGGUGGGGACUUUCCUUCACAACGGGAACUCGUAUUACGAAGGGACUGACCAUCCAGGAUCACAGGACGAAGUCUUCAAUAGAGGUAUGCAAGAUGGAUCUGGCGAUUGAUGGCAGUGAGAGGAACUUCAUACAACAGUAGCAAGCACUUAAUUUAGGAGAGACUAUUUGUUAAACAUACUUACCCUACUGUCAUUUAAGAGUCCAAAGCAUGUUUGAACACAUACUGCAUACAUUUCAGCUUCUCCAUCCUACCAUGUCCCAGUUAACAGAAAGAAAUUUAUUUCAAGACCUGCUCUAUGGGACUUCUCAGUGCCUAUUAUUUGGAAAGCCUUCAUAGCACCCUCAAAGGGAAAUUGCAGUUCAUUUCAUCUAGUUCUAGAGGAAAGGUCAUUUAAAAACUGUAAAACCGUCAAAAGAAGCAGCAGCUACCAUCUUGUCUGCCUAAUGAUAACAAGCCCAGGUCUGGACCCAGAACAGCUGGGUACUCUCUGCUUUCCCUGAGUAGGAGAUGCAAGAACAAGUCUGCAUGUUUGUAACAAAAAAAAAGAAGUGGUCUCCCAUUUCCUAACAGAAAAUAGCAUAAUUAUAAAUGCUACCUUAAAAUACC